ACCUCAACCCCUCUUCUUGCUAUCAUAGUAUCACCAUUUCUCUCUUCCUGUCCAAAAACCCUUGUUCCCAAACACUUCUUUUCCUCCAUUUCAUACCAUAAUGGCAAGCUCUUCCUCCCGCCAGCCAACCUCCAGAAUGUCCAGUUUCCUGUCCAGGAUGCCGAGGCCAUUGAACAUUCCCUCGGGAGCCGCAGGUCGCAUACAGGAGUACCCCAUGGGGACGCUGAUGGAGGUCGUACGAGCGGAGGGUGCUGUCUUGAUGUUGAUGGAGUAUGAGAACACUCACAUCCUCCGCUUAUUGAAGAGAGGGAAUUUUGUGAUGAAGCUGAUGCUGCACACCAUCAGCACCAUCAUCGUGGCCACUUGCAUGGUCGAUAAUAUGCACUGGCCACUAGCCAGGGAUGCUCCGGUUGUUCGUGUCGCCAGCCGGAGCUUUCUUUUCGCCCUGCCAGGCCUCCUUUACGCCCUCUGGUUCCCACCAACCUCCACCGAGAGUACCGUCACCCUGCUUGCGGACGUGUUCAGGCAGUUUUCCCAUUAUGAAGAUUUUAAACACGUAGCAACUGAUGUUGGAGUGUCUGAAGAUCAACUGAGUUUCUGGCUGAAGGCCCGAGCGCAGGUACAACCUAUUCUGCACGCUAGGCUUCAGCAAUACGGUCACUUCAUUGGACUAUCCCCAACUGCAGUAGGCAGCCAAGCCUCGGAGCUGUUGAGAGCUGUCCGCAUGUCGGAUGCAGCUCAGUUGGUGAUGAAGGCCUUCCCAGUCGGUCUCCUCAAUCCCACACACUGUGACAUCCAUGACCUUCGGCCACACAUCCAUAACGGCAGAGCUGCGGCUAACGGCCCAGAGUCUUACCCGACCAUUGUUGUGUUUACCAAUAUAGUCGAAGCCCUGCAGUUCAUUUGGGUGAUCGCAACUGACCAGGGUCACCUUCUAAGGGCAGAAAACAGGCCCGGCGGAGUGCAUCCUGUCGGAUUCAAAGUUUGGUGCUUGAACCGAUCGGGACUCGCUUGUUUACUCCGUGUACUGAUCUACGCUGGAGAGUUGCCGGUGAGACCCGCCAACCAUCAAACAGGAAUAGUCGAAAGGAGAGAAAACGGGAAUGGCACCAAUCCUGGACCUCAACCCAUGGCCGGUAUUGAGAUGAGGCAGACGGAGGAAGGAGAAGCAAGCACUUCAGAACACAAUCAGUAAACUUCAUUUCCGCUUGUACCAAGGCAUGAUAGAUAGAAGAGCUUUCAAGUGUUAAUUGACUCUGAACAUCUUCUUUCAAAUUCCUCCUGCAAUCAAUUAACUGGAUAGAAUUUUAGUGGUUUGCAUAUUCAUUGCCCAAAAUAAUAUAUCUUCUCAAAUCGUUUCAUUCUUCAGCA